AGAUGUUUACAAACAUCCAAAUCGAAAGUAGAAGAUGGCCGAAAAAACACCAAAGCAAAGCAUGGAUCAAUCCCACAGCGCUGAGAAUCCUAUUCGCCUACUUCUGAAUGAUCCCAAACUAUCGGAUAUGAAACUUGGUCUGCCAUCUGGAUAUGUCAAUGUUGCCCAAACACAAUAUUCAAUCCUCCUAUCGGACUUAGAAAAACUCAAAAAGAACUACCCAAAGAAGUUGAAAAUGUUAGAAAUGGACAUCAAAGAGAAACAAAGAGACAAGAAAAAGAUUUUACAAGAUGAAUUUACUCAUAAUCAACCCAUGCAUGGACUUGUCAAGCUGUUAACAAUGCUAGAUGCUCCGGAAAAGGCAUGGGAUGAGCUUCAGAAACUUUUGAAUGCCAAAUAUUUUCUAGAGCAGGGUGGUGCUGCAAAUUCCGCUUCAACAACUAACAAAUCUAUGAAACAGGAUUCAAAGGCUGACCCAAACACUGACCGUGGCGGUAGUCGAAGUGUUGGACUGCCAGCGUCAAAAUCUGUGUCACACGUACAUGACACACGUGGUACCCCAGCAUCACCAAGUGUCCCUGACAUUGGACGUACAUUUCAUGGUCUCACUGAGGACCAAAGAGAACACAUACAGAACACAUCCAGACAGCACUUUGAUGCUGGAAAUUUAGAUGAAAGACCUAUCCAACAGCUUAUUUCGAAACACAGAGACGUAAAAGACUCUGCACAUGCAAAGAAGGAAUACCAAACCUUAGUCGAUAAUCAGACAGCAUUGUAUAAGGGACAACCGAUAAAGCAUGCAUGGGGAAUAGCUUCAGAAAUUGAGGAUAUAGGAAAGGAACAAAGGGAAAAAUCUCCCAAAUUGUUCGGAUUUUUGGAGAACGCGUGGAAGAAGAUGAAAGAAAAAUCCCCGGAAUCAAUUAAAAAAGCCGUGGCUGAAUUUAUUGUAUUAACAAGUAUUGCUGAGCAGCCAAAGAAAUCAGCAGGGGAAAAUACACAUGUAAUACCACGCUCUUCUGUAAAAAAAGAAGAUUGUGCUUCUGCAUCGAUGGUUGAGGUUCGUAAAAACCCGUCGCAGUCAGAAAGAAUGACCCCCAGCCCAAUAGAGAAAGUCUUGAAAAAGUAUGAAUUAGAACAUGGAAAAUCAAAGGAACUGGAUAAAGCGCGUGGUCAAUUCAGUUUAUUGGUAAAUCGGGAUAAUAACUUUAAAAGGAAGUUUCCGGAAAAGUAUCUCGAGUUACAAGUCUUCGUCGUUGACCCCGAUGAAUACCCCUAUAGCCCUUACCAAUGUCUGUAUAAUAUUCUACAUUCCAUGGGUAAGAAAGACCCGUUAUAUCUAGAGGCUUGGAAGCAAUAUUUUCACCUUGUAACAUCGGACCAACAACAUAUAAUAGCGGAGCAUUGUGGACAAAUGUUCAAGACCGUGUAUAGGAAAGAGAUCGACUCCAUGCUUGUGCCUCGAAAGUCAUACGAGGAACUGCAAAAUGAACUCGUGGAAAAAAUCAAACAGAUAGAGGAACUCACAACACGACUUAGUAAAGUUGCAAGUCAACAACUCACGACAGGUAAUCCUAAUAUAGCCGAUCUCAGCGAUAAACACCGCCCAACUAAGAUUGGGGAGCUGUAUAGUGAAUUGUAUGACAACGAAUGGUCGGAGGCGUUUGAAGUGAUCAAGACCCUGCGAUAUUCUAACAUAAAGGAGGAGUCCGAGUCAGAUUAUUAUGAGGAUAUUCUUGGAACCCUGAAAGAUAUUCUGAUGGCAGCUUACGAGUUCUCUGCAGAAAGGGCCGAUUCACAUCUACGACACAUUAAACAUGCUAUGAUUAGUUCAAUAACCUUCGCCAGUGAAGAUGAGUCAAAAUCCAAAAGCAUGCGGUGUGAACAGAAAGAAACGGAGUAUGAUCGACUGGUGACAGAGCAUGCCGUAAAGUACAGAAAAGAGGCAGCUGUUUACACUGUCAGGGAAGCCUCAAAGGUAUUCCAACAGACGCAAUUGCAACGAGUUUUCAAGGAGAAUUCCAAAGAUCCUCAAAUUGUUGCUUACAUUGAUAAAUGUGUUGAACUCACGUGGUAUAUGUGCAUUCAGGAUCCGCCGAUGCAUUUGCAUUGCCUUCACGAAAAGGACACAAUAUCUAGAGCCGAGUUUGCUUUUCAUGGACGGAAGGGUAAAACUACUUCCGUGUGUGUCUGGCCAGCACUGUUUCUGUUCAGAGACGGUCAUCUUGUGACCAAAGGACAUGUCUUACCAGAACCAUGAACAUUGUCUUUCGCCUUCUGGAAUUUGUAAAUCUAUAUGACGCCAGCAUUACUGUUCUUAUGCGCAUUGGUAUACAUAACCUUGAACAUGUUCGUAAUGUUGCAUUAUAACAAAGAAUUGCAGAUAACUAA